AUGCCGGCGCACGCGGCCGGCGCGCUGGCCGCCGCGCUGGGCGGCUCGUUCGUCUGGGUGCUGCUGGGCCGGCUGCUGAUGGUGGCCGCGCUGGGCGCCACCGAGGGGCCGGCGCGCGCGCUGCUGGCCGAGGUGGUGGCGCCGGACCGGCGCGCGCUGGCCGCCACGGCGCUGAACGCCGCCCUGGGCGUUGGCCAGGUGGCGGUGCUGCUGGCGGCGCCCUGGCUGCGCUGCUGGCUGCUGGCGCGGGGACGGCCGGCCGAGGAGGCGCGCCGCGCGAUCACCUUCUACCGGCCGGAGGCGGACGCCGCCGUCGAGCUGGCCGCCGUGCAGUCGGCGGCGGCCGGGUCGGAGGGCGCCCCGUCGCUGUGCCGGCCCGAGUCGCUGCGGCCGCUGGUGCGGGGCGGCGUGGCGAUGGCGCUGGUCGGCUGGUGCGGCGGCUCGGCGCUGGUGCAGAUCACGCCGCUGGUGCUGGAGCCGCUGGCGCUGCCGCUGGGCAGCUACCAGCGCGCGCUGCUGGUGCCGGCGCUGGGCCUGCUGCUGGUGGGCGCGGCGCUGCCGCUGGUGGACCGGUACGGCCGGCUGACGCUGCUGCGGCUGGGCGGCGCGCUUUCGGCGGCCGGGUGCGCCACCGUGGCCGCCUACUGCCUGCUGGAGCCGGCGCGACAGGCGCGGCUCGGCGGCCUGGCGCUGACCGGCGCCCUGCUGGUGGCUGUCGCCCACUUCUGCCUACUGGGCCCGGUGCUGUUCACGUACGCCUCGGAGCUGCUGCCGAGCGGACUGCGCGAGCGCGGCGCCAUCAUCAUCGUCACGUGCCUCAACUCGGCCGGGUUCCUCAUGCUGAAGCUGUACCCGAUGAUGCGGGAGUCGCUCGGCCUCGGCGGGACGUUUGUGGUUCACACGGCCGCCAGUCUGGGUAUGGCGCUGCUGACCGCCGGAUUUCUGCCCGAGACCAGGGGACUCUCACUGGAGCAGAUCAGCGACCUGUUCACAGCCAGACCGACCGACUCGGACUCCGUGGAAAGACAGCUGCAAAACCAUGGUACCGGGGAUGGUGAGUUCGACGUGCUUCAGUAUCACAGUUUCUGCUGA